AGUGUGGUGUAACCAGAGCCCCGCCCCCUUCGCUGGUGUAACCGACAUGUAGAAAGGCGUGCUGCUGUCAUGUGACCGUCAAACAGGAAAUGGUGUCUCGGAGACGAACCCUUCAAAUCGUGAUGGCUGUGUGUCAAGAUGCCACUAUCAAACAACGAGAAAUCGGCUCGGCAUAGAGCAAAGGUGAACGCUGAUCCUGUUGCCAGGGCCAGAUACCUUGAAAAAAGAAGAGAGAGUUAUCAGCGACGAAAAAGAGAGGGAAAGACUAAACAUCCUCCAGUAGCCGAACUCUCUAAAGCAAGACAGGAGGAACUGAGGCAGAAAUGGAGACAUUACCAGAGAAGCCGCAGGAGCAAGAUUCGUGAUUUACCACUGCAGUACUCCUCUCAGGUUGAGAUGAACUCUCAGUGGCUGCAGGACUUUGCUCCAUACUCUCCCAGCAGUGAAGCUGACUCCAGCUCCGCCAUGCUGGAAAGUCCCGUGACCAGCUACAGCUGGAUAAAACAGGAGCCAGAGACCGUAGUAAUCCAGUGUGACAAUGUGAACACCGAGACAGAGCAGGACACAACUCCAAGCGGUGCCGCUUCCAUCUCCACGACGCCUCCGAUCGCGGGAGAUUUGCCCAGCAGCGUUAUGCUGACCAUCGCCAAACUUCACUGUUUGCUGGAGAGCAAACAGGAGAAGAUCGACAUUCUGGAGAGACAGGUGCAGGACUUGCAGGAGGAUCGCAGGUUCCUCCGCUCACAGAUCGAGAACCUCACCGGCGCUCUCUCUGCUCGUGUCUGUCGAGGGAUUUCAGACGAAACGGUCGGGAAACGUUAGCGCGUUUAGGUCGGAGCAUAAACUGUAACUGAACGGACUCUCAAUGUUCAAUCAUUCGUUGUUUUGUUAUUGUUAUUUUAUCAUUGUUAUUAAUUUAUGUAAACGGACAAUUACGCAUUAGGCAUUCAAAUCUGUUUUAUUAUUAUCGUGAUUAUGAUCGUAAUUAUUAUUGUUAAAGAUAAUUUACAAAGUUAAAAUGCACUCACCCUCAUGUCGCCUUCAUAUGUGUAUGGCUUUUUAGGGACCAUAACAUUUCUUUGCUAUCUUUUGUUGUUAAAGUUGUGGUCACACUUACCACUGUUUAUCAAAUAUAUAUAAAAUUCUGUUAUUUCAAUAGCAGCUUGUGGCUAUCACCACCAGAAUAUUCACCCAUCCGAAAACACAAAUAAGCUAAAUCGAUCCUUGUUAAAUUGUAAAUGCUGUCAGCAUAAUUCCACUUAAAUUAUAACAGAAAAUUAUUUUUAUUAAAGUUGAGACUGUUAUAGA